AUGUUGUCAGCAAUUAUCUUUUCGCUUGCCCUGGGGGUUGCAACAGCCCAGCCGAGGGCUGGGAAGGGCCCUGAACUUCUUCCACGUGCGGAUGUGCAGACUGCGUUCAUCGACGUCGCCGUCGCGACACUAUGGACCGAUCCCACUAAGCCACGGCCCAUUGACGAGCCAGCUCUUACCAACCCCGUGGAAAUCCAAACUUGGCUGGAUUCCAUGAACGUUUCGCAGUUCCGUGAUCUCACGGACAAUAGCCGCACCCAGACACAAGCACUCUACGGUGUCCCCGUCGACAUCCUCAACUACCAGGAUGGGUGGUACGAAGUGGCUGUUCCUGGGCAGCCGACACCAAAGAAUACGCUCGGCUACCCUGGCUGGAUCCCUGCAAAUCAAGUGUCGCUUGACGCAAGCUAUGGAAAGCUGCAGUCGACCAAGCCAUUUGCCACAGUUAAUAAGGUCCCAACUGCUGCGCUUUACCGUGACGCACGCUUGGAAUUGAAGUACGUUGAACUCAGCUACGACACUCGUCUCCCCGUCCUCAGUCAGACCGGUGGCGUCGUUCAGGUGGCUCUUCCAAGCGGUGGAUCAGCGUACCUGUCCACGAGUGAUGUAACAGUCUAUGACUCGGACAAGGCAAUUCCCUACCCAACCAAAGAAGACCUGGUCAACACUGCAAAGAUGUUUCUCGAUCGCCCAUACUUGUGGGGUGGCAUGUCGGGAUUUGCGUUUGAUUGCUCAGGAUUUACGCAUACCAUUUACCAUGCUCAUGGCAUCACGAUUCCGCGAGAUUCAGAUGCCCAGGCUGAUUUCACUGGACACGGCACAAGCGUUUCCAAGGAGGACUUGCAACCUGCAGAUCUCAUCUUCUAUGCGAGUAACCAGAGCGACCCGAGUACCAUUUACCAUGUUGCCAUGUACGUUGGGAAUGGAAAGAUGGCCGAGGCCUAUGAUGCUGGAACGCCAGUCAGGAUCACCCCCGUGCGCCUUGAAGAGGACUACUGGGGUGCAGAGCGAUUCCUGAAGGAAUAA